AUGUGGUGGGGUGGCGAAGGCCUGCUUGCCCUUGACCAUCCAAAAUAUUUGAAGCGAGAAAGCACGAGCGUGGCCAAGGCAGCUCGUGCCAUCUGCCGGCACAAGUGCUGCGCCAAGACCGCCUGUCGAGCCGACUUCCGCGGGUGGGCUGGAAAGGGUGAAAGGCAGGAGGAGGGUGGCCAAGGGAAAGUCUAA